AUGGAUACAGACCUGCCAGAAGACAACCAUUCAAAUGAUGCCGAGGCUACCAGUGCGACGAGGAAAGCAGAAUCUAACCCCAACAGUGUUGCAAAGACCCUCCUGACCACACUUGUCGCCCGAGCCCGUGACUCCACUGCCGCUCAACCUGUUCUCCAUGAUCCAUCGCCAAGGAUGUUCUGGAACGGCUGGACUUCGAUUCCGAAUUUCCGGGUGGGAGAAAUACUUUUUGAAUGUAUAACUCCUACUGCCUUACGGGCUCUGAAUAGGCGGAAACCAAUAGAGUCUAUCAUCGACCUGGGCGUCGAGUUUUAUUGGGCUGUCGACCAUCCGGAGACUCUAGAGCACAUUGAUCCUGCUUUAAACUUGGUGGAAUCGGUUCGUCUGGCAGAGGCUCCGGGCGUUGAAAAAGCCCCUCUUGGUUAUCGUGCACUCAUGCCUCUAAUAAUAUUCUGUGCUAAGACAGGCUAUUAG